GGCAGAAGUCUGAUUUUAUUAAUAUAGAUAUUAAAAAUUCAGUCCCUGACCUAAGACACUAGUAGCAGAGAUUCUCUAGAAUUUAUUAUUUCUCGUAGUUGUUGAGCCACCAACUGCAAAAGAGCAAUCCUCGUUGUGCCAGCCGCACCAGUAGCAGGAGUCAUUCGACAGGGGUGGACGAAUCGGGCGUAUAUAUUGUCUCGAUAGCUACGGGCGGCAAGACUAUAUACCCUCGCACUCUUUCAUUUCCAGCAUCUAGGUAUCUUUCACUCUCCCUCUUUCUGCCUCUUUUUCAGAAAGUAUACUUUCUCUGUCUAUCCACCCCCGACUCGAAUCGACAUCCACUGUUAGCGUUUAUCGAACCAUUGCGCGCGCACGGAAUCUGAAGGGGCGUACAACAUCUUCGUCAAUCGCUCGCGACCACACUAGCAACGCGAGGUCGCGACGAGAGCUUGCAGCAGCACUCUCAACGCUCCCCGAGACGUUAACAUUAAUUAUUAUUGUUAUUGUUAUUAUUGUCAUUGUCAGUAAAAGAUAAUCUUUAAAUCAAGUCCUAUAUCAGUACUAUUCUUACAGAUCGGCUUUCUAGAGACCGUUACUUAUCAGUGGCCAGUGAGUGUUUUCAUCAAUUCUGACGCGCACACCUUUCUCGCGAGUGUCUUGUGUUUACAUCCCCCAUAAAGUGACGCAACAUUCCGUAAAGACAAUUUUCAUAAUUACUGGAAUCUAUAGGAAUUUUCUAAUUUCAGGAAUUUCCAGUUGCACUGAAGAUCCGGGUCACUUAUCAAUCUUAGUGACAUUUUCUAAAGAUACCACAUCGACACAGGGCGGCGAGCCAAAGCAUCGAUCGCUCGCCAUUUUGCCCCACGACCUGGUCUACCGUCAUUCGCCCAUUAUCAACCCCUCAAUCUAUUUUAAAAAUUUCGAAAAUCACUAAAAUUUCAAAAGUUUCUUCAAUUAUUAAAACUAAGAUUAAGAAAUUUUUAAUCCAUGAUUAAAAUACAGUCACUUAUUGAUCCAUCUCCAAUUAUUAGAAUCCAUUGAUUCUCAAAUAUCCAAUUUCGAAUAAACAAUUGCCAUCUGAUUUAAUUUAAUUAGGCAAUUAGGAUCGAUUAUUUAAGAAUUGGACUCUAAAAAAUAUUGACUAAAGAAAGUUAUACUUUGGAGUAAAUUGAAAGUCAAAGAGCAGUCUGCUCGCAAGAAUUUGAGAGGACAUAUUUCUCAGUGAAAAGGAAGCUAAGAAGGCGGCAGGCUGGGAGGUCGCAUCAGUGAAGUUGUGGGUCCCGUCGUGGAGGAGGCCAUAGAGCCAGGGGAUGCAACCCCGCUGACGGGACCCUCAAGGGAGACCUCCAUACCUGGCGCUCCUCCACCCCCAACUAUCAACAUCCCCAGUCCCCCGAAACCUCCUCCUCCGCAAAAUCCUGAGUCUUUAAAUCAAUUUCCCCACACUCAAACCCUAAUCCAGCAUCAGACUCAUCAGCAAAAUCAGAGUAUCCCUUCUCAAGCUCUGGAAAAGAAUUUCAAGGAGCAGUCCAAGGAAAAUACUCAGCCAGUUCAAGUCAACAUGGGUACGGUGCUUUCUUUCAGUCCAAGAGAGAGGCGUGGAUCUGUUUACCCGCCUGGUGAGCAUCCCGCGGACUUCACGCUGAAUAAUUACAAUUACGAGCAGUUGAAUAACGUGAAGAAUAGGGAGAAUAAGAGUAGCGUGUCUACAAUGGCACCACUACCUCCCACGAAUCAUCCACCGACAAAUAAUAAUUCCCUACAAAAUAAUAAUAUAAAUUUAAAUAAUAACGAUAAUGCAAGAAUUAUCUCAGAGAAAAAUGCCUUGGAGAAAAAUCUCAAGAAGCAUUCUUUGUUUAUUAAUGCGUUGUCCUGGAAACGGUUUAGCACGUCGAAUAAUAAUAAAAAGAAGCUAGAUAACAAAAAUAAGAACAUUACCUUCAGACAGCCACUUGAUAACAUACCGAUUGUUGACAAGAACAAAAAUAUUCAAACUCCACAGGUAUCAAUAAUUGGUCCGCCCUUGAACUCAACCUUUUAUUCAUCCCAGACGAAGGCGCCAGCUUCAAACAACAAUCACACGACGCACAAUCCCACAUGUAAGAAAUUGGCGCAAAAGUCCUUAACACCUGGACCUAGAAAAACUGUGAUCCAAGCCUCGACGUCGGAAUUGCUUAAGUGCCUCGGACUUUUCCUGCACAAUAAGUGCACCAGACUUCGAGAUUUCCAAGCUGGAGAUGCUGUCAUGUGGCUCAGAACUGUUGACAGAAGUUUACUUCUUCAAGGCUGGCAGGACGUUGCCUUCAUAAAUCCUGCCAACGUUGUGUUCGUGUAUAUGUUGGUAAGAGAACUAGUUGAUGGAGAUGAAGCUUCAGAAAAGGAGCUACAGGCUACUGUUUUGACGUGUCUCUAUUUGAGCUACAGUUACAUGGGUAACGAAAUAAGUUAUCCCCUUAAACCAUUCCUCGUCGAAGACAGCAAAGAUAAGUUCUGGGACCGGUGCCUCUUGAUCGUCAACCGUCUUAGCUCAAAGAUGCUUCGCAUUAAUAGUGAGCCUGGAUUUUUCACGGAAAUUUUCACUGAACUGAAGAUUUUUCUGGGAUUCCUAACGUCUACAGGAGGUUCAUGACUAAUGUUGUCGCGUACGACCGAUAAUAUCCAAAUUACUCUGAAGAAAAUGCGAAAUAAAGUGUCAAAAAAUGUAAAUACGCAACACUGCGGCAACUUAUAAGAUUUUUGCGUAAUUCCCAAAGAUUACUAAGUUAAAGUCAAAUUUUAAUCUUUUAAGUGCUUAUUUAUUACAAACUGAAUAUCAUGUUGUGGCCUUAAGUAAAACGU